UAUCAUAGAUGAUCGAUAUUCUCGUGAAUUUACCGAGAUCUCAUUGCUAGGGAAGGGUGGGUUUGGAUCAGUUGUGAAGGCUAAAAGUCGGCUUGAUGGGCAUUCAUAUGCUGUCAAAAUUAUUAUUAUGAAUAAGAAGAAUAAUGAAACAAACCAGAAAAUUCUAAGGGAAGUGCAAGCCCUAGCACAAUUAGAUCAUCCUAACAUAGUAAGGUAUCAUAGUUCCUGGCUGCAGAUGUAUACUCUUCCUUGUCAACAUGGAUCACUUGAUGGCAAGAUGCAAAAUUGUAGAAAAUCAGGAAGACACAGAAUUGAAAAGGAAAUCAAGAUCCAAGAGUUAUCAAGUAGUUCUGAACAUCAAGAAAUUGAAGAGUCGUCAGGUGGCAUUGUAUUUGAAGAUACUUCCAGUCCAAAACUAAACACAUCUUAUAAAGAAAAAGAUAGUUUGCCCAGUUUAAUUACUAAGGCAGGAGAGAGCACUGAUAUUCCAGAGUAUACAUUUUAUGAAAGUAAAUGUACAGUUAUGCAGAAGAAAGAAGAAAUAUUAGAUAAUUAUAGUAUCAAGAUCGAAAACUCUUUCAAAUCUGUUAGUGAGAAGAAAUCUUCAUUUUUCUUUCAUUCAAAAAAUUCAGUGAAUGAUUUCAACUCUGAUCCCAGCACCAGUGUAAAUACUAAUGGGUUUUCGUUUAAUGUCUCAAUGGCUAAUGACAAAGGAAAAGAUGUGUAUGAUGAGAGUUUUUCCACUUCAGUCUCUUCUGGCAUCACAUCUCAAUUUAAAAAUUCCCUUGUAUUACAUAGAAAACAUGCUAGGGAGACUCAUGUGGCACUUUUCAUUCAAAUGGGACUGUGUGGUGAUACAUUAGCAAACUGGAUCUCAAGACGCAAUGCUGAAGAAGUUACGGGUAACCCACUUGAUUCUGUUGACUUGGAAGUAUGCAUAGAAGUUUUCAAACAGAUAUUAGAAGCAGUGCAGUAUAUACACUCCAAGAAGAUAAUUCAUAGGGAUUUAAAGCCACCGAAUAUAUUUUUCUCUGAGGAUGGAAAGUUGAUCAAGAUUGGGGAUUUUGGCCUGGCUCGAAAUUUGCAAGAAAGUUCUGUUAAUAGUAUCAGCACAGUUGAUGGAACUGGCGACGAUUUAUCUAUCACUCCAUUUGCUACUCUAACACCAAAUACUUGUGGUGUGGGAACUGCCUUGUAUGCUGCUCCAGAGGUCAGGCUUAGUGAUUCUUAUGGACAAAAGAGUGAUAUGUAUAACUUGGGGAUCAUCUUAUUAGAGCUCAUUCAACCCUUUAAAACUGGUUCCGAAAGAGUCGAUUCUAUCAGCAAACUCAAGAAACAUAAGUAUUUGGAUCCUGAAGUUGUUAAGCGAUGGCCUGAUAUUGCAUCUUGGAUAAUGCAGCUUACUUCUGUGGAUCAAGCAAAACGACCAUCUGCUACAGAACUUUUGAAGAGUGUCUCUUUAUAUAUUUCAUCAAAGAAACAUCCCAGAAAUUACACAAGUGCUGGGAAUGUCAGCACACUUUCACCAAUAGAAAAUGUUCCGCAUUUGGAACUUAAUUGUCUAAAAGGGUAUAAGAAUAAUUGUGAUGAUCUUUUAAGACUUGAUGAUUUAAAAAUUUCUCUACCUGAAGGUUCAUGUAGUAACUCUGAUCCAUUAAACAGCAGGAAUAGUGAUAGUAUGAUUGAUUUGAAGUUUAUAGCAGAUAUUGUAAGUGAAAACAGAGAAAAAGAUGAGGAAAUUAAAAAGUUGAGAGAAGAAAAUAGUAAAUUACUGAAUAUGGUAGCCUUUUUACAAGAGCAAAUUAAUCAAACUUCCAGUUGACUCAUAGUUAGCAGCAGCUUUUAUUUAAUGUUCAUACAAUUUUUGACACUCCAUUUCAAUUUCCAUCAUAUAUUCCAUUCUGUCCCGUUUCCUUUUCAUGAUACUUUUCAUUCUUCUCGUAAUCUGUGGUAUUACCUAUACCAUUCAUUAACAUUUAAAGUUAUAUAUCCUUGCCAUAAACCAGUUGUAUAUAAUAGGAAUUAAUAUUGUUGAAAUGUACAGACCCUCAUGGAGGUGAAGGGAGAGAUGCAGGUUUACCUCUUUGUUGAGUAUUUUCAGUAUAGUUUGAUUCAUUGUUAGUAGCCAAAGAGGGAGAUUGUUCUCUUACUGGCUCUAUCUCCCCCUCCUAUAUGCAGAUUAUGUUUUGAAAAAAGUGCUUGUACAUAAUAAAGAUGAUGCACUAAAUGAUCUAGAGAGGAAGACACUAUUUACACUUAAUUGUAUGAAGGUGAGAAUUCAUAACCUUAAAUUUUUUUUAUGCAGCUUGUGUGAAAAGUUUAUCGAAAGGUAUGUAUGAUACAUUGAUUUGAUUGGAAGUAUUUUCAAAUUUGAAUGAUCAAUGCAUAAUUUAUUUUGUCAGUGAAAUUCUGAUCGGUCAGUAUAAAUGUAGGAAUUACUUCAUGUCAUUUGUUUGUAAAUACAGUAGUAAUUUGGUCUU